UUUCCUUUAAUAUCAUUAGCAAAUUGUAAACAAUCAUUGCUUUAUAAUAUUUGUGCAUAAAAACAAAAAUUGUUAAAAUAUGGAAGAAAAGCUUGAAAAUAUUGAAACAUCCAAGUCCACAUUUAAGUCUAGUGCAGGUGUUAUUGAAGUUGGUGAAAGAAAAAUCAUUUUACGUGUACUUAAAAUGGGUCGUGCCACUUUGCUCUUCAUAAACAACACCCAACCGGAAAUUAUUGACCAAAUGGCACUGGCAAUGUGUAUGCGGAAUAGUAAUGAAAUUGUGUCCACUGCAAUACUAGGAGAUGAAUUAGAGUCACAGAGUUUUGCAGAAAAAUUAUGUAAACGCUUUGGACGUCCUUUCUAUGUCAGCUACAAUAUUCAAGCGGAUCGUUUAAACCGUGCACUCUUAGAUCAAAACAUAAUGGAAUAUAUACGCAAUCAUGAAUCGGAAUUUAUUUGAGGACCUAACGAGUCUAAUUGAAAGUAAAAUAAAAUACUGCUCUAAAUAUUGUAAUAAUUUAUUAAUAAACUGUCACGGUGACGUCGUGGAGGGUCAUUCAUGGAGAUUGCAUUUUGGUACUAUUUUUGAUCGCUUCUCGUAGGGUUUUAGUUGAGACCCCACAGAGUUUAUGCUAUGCGGAUGCAUGCUA